ACUUAUGUUAAACACCAAUUAAUUUCUCACUUAUCGUAUUGUUUGAACUAAUGUGACAUUUAGUGAAAAUCAAUUAAUAUUUGUUUAGCGAAUUGUUUUUGCUAAUAAAAACUAAUAUCAAACACACGUUUGUGGCAGUGAUUUGUGAACAUAGACUGUGAACGCAAUGCCGGGCUAUGAUUUGGACCGCUUUAUCGACUUAACGCAUAACGAGAGACAAGAGUUGACAUGUAGUAUAUGUCAGGACAUAUUCCGGUGUCCACUCGUCAGCCCCUGUUGUCAGCAAACUUUCUGCGAGGACUGUAUUAUCGGUUGGCUCUCAACCAACAGCACCUGUCCUUACGAUCGCAAAAAGUUAAAAUCAACUCAUUUGGUGCGACCGCCCAGGCUUGUGUUGAAUAUGUUGUCCAAUUUACGACUUCUUUGCCCCCACAAAGACAAGGGAUGCGAUGAAGUGCUGACCCUUGAAUGUCAUGACAACCAUAUAAUUACCUGUCGUUUCAAUAAGAAAACUUGCGGCAAAUGUUUGUGCGAAACACUCAGUGAACACAAUUGUGUCGAUAGUCUUCUCCAACAGAACCGAGUGCUCAGAGAAGACGUCCAAACGAUUAGCGAUUCAAAUCACUUAUUGAACGACAGAUUACGGGAAUGUAAACGAGAAAAGGAGACACUUUUGCAAACCAUUCACAAACUGACCACAAAGAGUCCCCUUUUGAAGGCGAAUAACUUUCCUAAACUAACAGAUUACCAGAUGAUAGUGGAGUCGAGACAAUACAGUAACGCACCGGUGGUCAGCCAUAGGGACACAUCGGAUGCGAUGACAGCGCAGAUCAUAUCGAUUGCCACACAAGCGUUGAAUUGCGAGCAAAAUGUGUUUGAUUUGUGCAAAACGAUUAAGGAGUCGAUUGAGUGCGAAAUGGACGGCCUCUGGCACUGCACCGCCUUUUACGAUGACAUCGGCAGCCAUUCCUUCACAUUUGACGACAUGUUUAUCAUAAACAUAACAAAGUUGUCACAACUGUUGAGAAGUGGCAAAAUAGCCGACGAGUUAAUCAUCGAAAAGAGUGAUAUGAGUGACGAUAACAUAUUUAUAGUUAAAGAGAUUGCCUUAAACUGUAUUAAAACGGCCGACAGUUUGACAGAUUUAGCCAAAUAUAUGAGCAAAGAGUUGUCCAAACGGGUGGACGGCGUUUGGCAUGUGUUUGCUUUCCGCACAUUUCUGGCCAACUGUUAUGUCUGUCCAAAAAUCGGUCGUUUCCUAAAUCUAACCAUUUCUGACUUAACUGUCGUUAUAUUUCAAGUUUAG